UCCAGCGCUACCCCAUCCUUUCUCUUGCGCCAUGCAUGUGCUCAACACCGCCAGAGUGCAGCAUGGAUGCCUUCGUGUCACGCAAGCGCCGCCGACUGGAGGCGCCACAGCAAGAGCCCACGUCGCCGGCUCUCACAGCAACGCACGAAGACCCCGCAGAAGAGGAAUCGACAGACUUCAAGCUAGCCAUGUUGGCAUCGCUUCAUCCGAAUCUUGACGAGGCAACGUUGCUUGAGGCUCUUCUCGCCUCCGACGGAGCCGUUGAGCAGGCAUCCGAGGUUCUCGCUCACAGUAGGGCGCUUUCUCCCAGAAAGCGGCCCGCCUCUUCUGGCCUAGGACACCAGUCGUCUCUCUCGUCCUACCGCAUUAAUCCAGCAGAGCGCGGCUCGACGACGAAACCUCUAGUUAAGAAGGGCAAGACACUCUACCUGUACAGCCCUGAAGACAUCGAAGCACAUACGCCUUGCUCCAUCAUCCACAAUUUCCUGUCGCCUCAAGAAGCGGACGCCCUGCUCCAGGAACUGCUCAACGAGGCGCCCACAUAUUCCUGCCUGGAGUUCAAGCUAUUCGACAAGGUCGUCAAAAGUCCGCAUACAUUCUGUUUCUACGUCAACAGUCUGGCUGAGGCCGAAAGGCAGAAGACUGAGUACAUCUACGAUGGCCGAAAGGUGGACGAUGUCCGACAAAGUACGCCGGAGAUGCUCAGGGCUUGUCCAAAGGUCGAGGAUGCCGUCAACCGCGAAAUCGAACGCAGGAUACGGGACUUCUAUCCCGAAGGCAAGAAGCUCAAAUACCAAUCCCCAGGGCGCUGGAAAGCCAACACCGCCUUCGUCAACUGCUACGACGGCCCCAAAGAGUGCGUGGGAUACCAUUCCGACCAGCUUACAUACUUAGGGCCACGCGCGAUCAUUGGGAGUCUGAGCCUCGGCGUAGCUCGCGAGUUCCGUGUCCGCAAGAUCGUUGCCGAGGACGACCAACACCGCAAAGAGGACGACUCCCUCGCCGACGCUCAAGGGCAGAUAUCGAUCCAUCUGCCGCACAACUCACUGCUCGUUAUGCAUGCAGAAAUGCAAGAGGAGUGGAAGCACUCAAUUGCCCCAGCACAGGCGAUCGACCCUCAUCCCCUGGCGAAGAACAAGCGCCUCAACAUCACGUAUCGAUGCUACAAGGAAAACCUCCAUCCCAGGUUUACGCCAAAGUGCAAGUGUGGUGUGCCGACGGUGCUGCGGUGCGUGACGAAGAAGAAAGAGAGUCGAGGCAGGUACAUGUGGAUGUGUCAUACAAACUAUGUUCCAGGCCAGGACGGGUGCUCCUUUUUCCAAUGGGCCGAGUUCAACGACGACGGAGAGCCGCCGUGGGUGACGGCACGUGAAAAGCAUACGCAGCUGCGCGGGGGCUCCAACUCGGAGGUUUCAGUUGGUUGAGCGGACCGUUAUGCAUUGUUAGGAUGUGCCUACUAUCCAGCGCAUGGAUAAGUUGCGAGAGCGGAGGAGAGAACGGAGCACGUUCCUUUAAGGUUCUUUCGACUGUUGCUCACAGCAUCAUUCGCGGUCACCCUAACGGCAAGGGGCAGGCCGAUGGAACACAGCGGGCGAUCUGGACGUGCCACUCGGCUGCCAACCGAGAAGGGAAUCCCAGGGCCCCGGCUCAACAGCUUUGCAAGCCGGCAAGGUGAUAGGCACAUGCGGUCCAGAAUCCGAGGUUGAGGUUUGAAGGACCCGCGCCACAGGCGCCACAUAGCACCGCCGCUCGCCUGGCCUCGCUUCGAGGUUCGCGAAGUUGAGGCGCCGGGCGCAAUAAAUAGAACAGGUCACGGCAUCAAUAAAGG